AUGGCCCUGCAGGACGUGCUCGGGUUCCAGGACACCCCCGCCUACCCGCGGUGGAACGCUCCCGCCUCCCUCUGCCUGGCCGUGGAGGAGUCCGGCUCCGGAGGGGCAGUGACAGGGGUCCAGGAGGGAGGGUCCGGAGGGCACCGCCCCGGCUCGGGCCCGGACCUGUGGUACGUGUACAGUGACGGCUCCCGCCUGCGGGGGACGCUGUUCUCCGUGGGCUCGGGCUCGCCCUACGCCCUGUCGGUGUUGGACGGGGGGUACCGCUGGGGGAUGGGCGUGGCGGAGGCCUGCGCGCUGGCCAGGAAGGCAGUGUACCACGCCACGCACCGCGACGCCUACUCCGGCAACUGCGUGGAUCUGUACCACAUCACCGCCAGCGGCUGGAGCAGGAGGGACCGAGAGGACCUGAAGGAGGAGUACUACAGAGAGAGGGAGAGGAGAGAG